CUACUAGUGAGGUCCGCCUCGAGAGGAAAGCGACUCGCGAGCGGUCUAGAUGCUGCUACUACUAGUAGUACUUGAGAGGUCCGUCGUCAAGUCCGCUCCACUUAGGUUGUCGCUGUUACAGUGGUUAUUGUCGACUUAGAAUCGCGAGAUUCGUUUCUCCUUCUCCCGCCGGAUUGGGUUGGUUCGGAACUAUGGAGCGGCAGCAGCAACAGCAGCAGCGACAGUUGGCGACACCACAGCCGACUUGCCAGCGCCCGCCUUGGGCUUAGUUUGAGUCGACUAUUACGGCCAGUAUCUCCGCUCAGCGUGUCGAUUUCUGGCGAAUCGUCGGCAACAAACCUUGUCGAAAUUCUUUGGCGACGAAAUCCCCCGUGACCCUCUUACCAGUUCGUCACGACUCACCAUAGCUUCUUUAUGGCGGCAGUCGUUCCCUAUUUUUCGGCCGACCUUACGGCAGACCUAGCCGCCUCGCCAGCGCCUAGCAGCGCGGAAAUCUGCGCCUGCUCCGUCUCCGUGAUUUCCGGCUCGGGGAACGUGCUCCCUCGGCUGCCUGAUGACGUGGCGCUCCUCUGUCUCUCGCAUCUCUCGCUCUGGGACCUGCCGGCUGCGCGCUGCGUGUCGCGCAGCUGGGCGGCUGCGCUUCGCAGCCGGUCGCUUGGUCGUCUGCGACGCGCCCGUGCGAGAGAAAGCGGUUGUAAGGGUGUGGGGAAAGGUGCGGGGGGAGGGCAGCGGUUGCGCUGCUGGGGGACGAAGUCGGGGACGGGGAAGGGCAUGGGGAAGGGCAUGGGGAAGGGGACGGGGAAGGGAGUGGCGGAAGACGAGGGAGAGGGCUUUUCUCCAUCUCAGCUAUUCAACGGAAACGCAGCUUCGGUCUUGAAACACCUGUGCGAUCAUGACAACCCGUCUACAGUACUCGCGGUGUGCGUGUGCGAGGGCGAGGGUGAGGGCGAUAGCGAAGCCGACACGCGACUACAGUGGUUUACCUGUUGCCUCUGCAACUCCUCCAGCGAAUCACCAUGCGACAUGGACAGGCCAUGCGACCCCUGCGACCUGUGCCAUACCAAGGCGAUCCUGAGGUGGCGUCGCCUGCCCCCGCUUCCCGCCAGCAACCCCCACAGCAACCCCGCAUGCUAUGGCGCCGUCGCAGCCGCGAUUCCGGGAACGGGAUUCGCGAUCGUGGGAGGCGCGUUACCUUCCGCGUCGGGCAAGCCAACGCACGUCCACCACGUGUCCGUUUUUUACUGGCACUUGGGCGCGUGGUUCGUUCUCGAACCCCCGUGCUUGCUUCCUAGGCUGGAUCCAGUGGUCGUGGGCCUGGAGAAUCGCCUUGUGGUCACAGGAGGGUGUCCUGUUCCGUUUAUUCCCCACGGAGAUUCCACCAAGGCAUGUGGCAAAGGCAUGGUUCGCCCUUCAGAAACGGGGGUAAUUGAGAACGGUCCCCAUGACAGCUCACCUUCUGGAGCUGCUCUCUGCUUGCCACGUGGCAGUGUUUCUCCCAGCAGCCACUUGCGCCACCCGUUCCUCGGGGUGUGCACGAUGUGCAUGGAGAUGCCGACGGCUGGGUUCGGUGCCGACGAAUGUGACAAUAACGAGUGUUUUAGUAUCAGAUGUGGCUCUAAUAGCAGUGGCAGCAGCAGCACGAGCAGCAUGUGGAGUGGGUGUGGUUUCACCCAGGGCAGCAGCAGCAGCAGCAGCAGCAGCAGCAGCCAGUGCUACCACUUCCCUCGGCUCAACUCCCUUUCUCUUGGUGCCCGGGUGCUUGUGAGGAAGCACAUAUCGCCAUACUUUGCCGUCAACCUGUGGGGAUUCAACCGGCGUGCGGGCAGACCAGCUGGGGCUGGUAACUGGGGUGCAGGCAGAGGCAGCAAUGGCAGUGGUGACGGCACCAACAGCAGAAGCAGCACCAGCAGCAGCGAUAUGAUACCGGAAGGAUCUAUUCUGGAGCUUGAUUGUGAUAGCCCUGUGAUGUGGAGGGCAUUGGAGGAGUCUGAUGCCAUCCAUGCCAUCUGGACGAGAACACACAUGGCAGAUGUGGUUGUCGCAGAUGUGACUGAAGCGGGUGGCACUGUAGCAGAUGGGAUUGUAGCAGAUGGGAUUGUGAAGCCAGAACCAGAAAAUGAUUCAGUAGGAGCACAUGGCAGCACAGCCAGCCAGACAUCACCCACUCCACCUGUUCAUACAUCACAAGAAGCAGGCUCGCCUAUCAGAACACCAGAGCAGACAGCACCAGCCACCUACUCCGUGCUCUGCUCCCUAGACCCCAACCUCUCUCUCCUCGUCUUCAACCACCUGCAACAGAAAUGGGUCCAUGCCUUCCCACCCGCUCCUCCUCCCCCUUCCCGCCCUCCUCGUCCUCCUCGUCCUCCUCGUCCCCCCCCCCAGUUCCACUAUCCAUGUGCCAUGGGUUGCUACGGCAAUGCCUUUCAGGAGACCAGCCCUCCCGCUCCACCGUUCCGCAUGCGCGCCGCUGCGCUUGCCCCAGGCGUUGCCAGCAGCGGUGCAGCUACUGCUGCCGUGCCCGCUUCUGCUGGUUCUACGGCUGAGGUCAGUGUUGCUGUUGAUGCUGCUGCUGGUUUCCGUGCCGCUUCCAGUUCGGCUGGAUCUGGUCCCAUUCCUGCUGUCGGUGCUGCUUCCACUACUGCUUCUGCUGCUGCUGAUUUUGGAAGGCUGCAGCACCUUCUGGGUUGUGCUGGUCGCCUCUAUGCUCUCUUCCAGCCACACGAGCCACACAAGCCAGGAGCCAUGUGCGAGAUCCUUCUCCCGGACUUCCGCACUCUAUCCUCCCUCGCUGCCCUGCUUCCUCGAUCCUCCCCCUCCUCCUCAUCCUCCUCAUCCCCUUCUCCAUCACGGAACACUUCCAGGCGGCCAGCAUCUCAGGGGCAAGGCCUGGGAAGUGCAUCUGUCACAGCUGCUGCAGACUCGUGGGGGGUUGAUAGUGAUAGUGACAGUGAGAAUGAGGGAUGGGUUGAUGAGCCCAUAGGCCCUCCCAUAGCUUUGCCUAGAAACGGAAUGGUGUGUCAUGUUGUCCAACUGUAGCUUUGGCGAAGGCAUGCUCUUCCACCUCGUUGCCUACAUGAAAAACAGAGAAAACCCAAAGCACUCUUGUGGAACGACA